CCUGACACAGAGAGACCAACAAAAGAGGAAGGAAGGUUUAUUCACAAGAUAACUGGGUAGAAGUGUAUAGCUGUGUUGAAAGGAACAACACUCAAAUAACAUAAAGGCUUAUUUUCUGCAACGACUGGCAAACAAUAUAAAACACAGUGAAGAAGAUGGUGGCCGUGACAUUCUUGUUCCUCUGCUUCUGGGCUGUAGGUGACCUCAGCCGUAUCCAGGUUACUCUGGAGCCAGACAGGACCUCUGUGAGGGUGCAGCUCUCUCACACCGCCUCCCUGCGCUGCUGCUACUCAGUCACAGGGGGAGUCGUGGACACCACCUGGGCCACCAGCCCCCACACGGUCAAUGGCACGGCCCAAGUUCGGGGAGUGGACCGGAGAGACAACCGUGUGACGAUGGAUGGGGGGAACCUGACGGCGGCAGGGGUCAUGUGUCACACACUCAUCCUGAGGGAGGCCCGUCUGAACGACUCAGGGUUGUACCAGUGUUUCCUCAACCAUAGCGCCCUGUGGCCCCCUCUAUACACCCACGGCACCUUCCUGCAUGUCUACAGGCCGAUGGUGAAGAUUCUGGACAUCAGUGAAAGCACCAAGAACGGCAUCCUGACUGCUGAGGGAAUGUUACUGAUGAUGGCAGUGCUUCUGCAUGGUACCAUGAUGCUCUUUAAGACGAAGAAACUCAAUCAACUGAAGAAGAAAAGGGUCAAAGAGGAAGAGGAGAAUAUCUAUGAGGGUCUAAAUCUGGAGGAAUGCUGCUCCACAUAUGAUCAGAUCCAGCGCUCUCUGGUGCAGGGCCCCUACCAAGACGUGGGAAACAUGAUUAUGGAGGAGGAGGAGGAAAUCCAACUGGAGAAGCCUUGAAUGAGAGGGGGAAGGAAGGAGGGGGAGGAAGAGAGAGGGUGGGAGAAGAGAAGAGUAAUUUGAUAGAAUAGAAUUGUGGUGAGGGUUUUGAUAGGAAUUUUCUUAACUGCCCCCCCCCCCCUUAUGUUUGAGUUUAUAGAGGUGACCUGCGUUUUCCUUGCAGCCUUUGCUUAUAUUUGAAUCUAAUUUCUUAGUGGACCAAAAAGACAGUAACCUACAAUGUCAGAGGGCAUUUUGCUUUCAAUUUAGCCUUUCAUUACCAAUGCCAGUAUCUAACCACUUUAUAUUCAUAAGAGAUUUUUUUUUCUGCAUGUUUGCAUUUUCUAUGCUUUGUGUAUGCAUUGGCCAAAUGUUUUUUUCUCUCUCCAAUCUCCAUAAUUCAAGGCCUGGAUUGUGCUUUGUAAAUACAAUUUUAAAACUGA